AUGGCUAUCACGAUCCCGGAGCUGGACGAUCUCGUCCGCUCCUUCUAUGAGGGCCGUGGCGAACAGCAAAAACAAGCUCAAGCUGCACUCAACCAGUUUAAGGAAGAUCAAGAUGCCUGGCUCCUUGUCGACAAGAUUCUUUCCGAAGCGACUUACCCCCAAACGAAGUACCUGGGCUUGCAAGUGCUGGACAACGUUAUCAUGACAAGAUGGAAGGUUCUUCCCAGAGACCAGUGCCAAGGUAUCCGCAACUUUGUUGUGCAGUUCAUCAUCCAGUGCUCUAGCUCCGAAGAGACGAUGAAGGCUGAGCGCACCCUGCUCAACAAGCUCAACCUUGUCUUGAUUUCAAUUCUCAAGCAGGAAUGGCCCCAUAACUGGCCUACGUUUAUUAACGAGAUUAUCACGUCAUGUCACUCAAGUCUGUCCAUCUGCGAAAAUAACAUGGUCAUUCUCCGCCUGUUGUCCGAAGAGGUCUUCGAUUACUCCGCCGAGCAAAUGACGUCCACUAAGACCCGAAACCUCAAGACUACCAUGUGCGCCGAGUUUUCCCAAAUUUUCACACUCUGCCAGGAGGUCCUGAACACCGCCGACCAGCCGAGUUUGGUCAAGGCCACCCUCGAGACAUUACUGCGCUUCUGCAACUGGAUUCCUCUCGGCUACAUCUUCGAGACGCCUCUGAUUGACACUCUGAGAACACGAUUUUUGCCCGUCCCCGAGUUCCGGAACGUUACUUUGCAGUGCCUUACGGAAAUUGGCGGUCUGCAGACUGGUGGGCCUGGGCAACCGAAUUCGUAUGACGAGCAGUUGGUUAAGAUGUUCACCGAGGUUUUGACAACCAUUGCGACCAUUAUUCCUAUCAGUCUGGAUCUUAAGUCGACAUAUCCCAACAGCAACUCCAGGGACCAGGAGUUCAUCCAGAACCUCGCUCUGUUCUUAUGCAAUUUCUUCGGCAUGCAUCUGAACCUUAUUGAGAACCUGCCGAACAGGGACUUUCUUACCCACGGCCAUUACUACUUAAUCCGCAUAUCUCAGAUCGACGACCGCGAGAUCUUCAAGAUUUGCCUAGACUACUGGCUCAAGCUUGUCCAGGAGCUCUUUGAGGAGAUGCAGCAGCUCCCUAUGACCGAGCUGAACCCUUUGAUGGGCAUGGCUGGCGGUAUGACUGGAGCCGGUGCGCCUAACCCGACCAUGCUCAACAACUAUCCUCUCCGCAAGCACAAGUACAACGAGGUCUUAUCAAACCUCCGCACCGUCAUGAUUGAGAAGAUGGUCCGACCCGAGGAGGUCCUCGUCGUUGAGAACGAUGAGGGAGAGAUUGUGCGAGAGUUCGUCAAGGAGAGCGAUACAGUCCAACUUUACAAGACCAUCAGGGAGUGCUUGGUCUACCUCACACACUUGGACGUCGUGGAUACUGAAAACAUCAUGACGGAGAAACUUGCCCGUCAAGUUGACGGCAGCGAAUGGUCGUGGCACAACUGCAACGUUCUAUGCUGGGCUAUCGGUUCGAUUUCCCUGGCCAUGAAUGAGGAGACUGAGAAGCGAUUCCUAGUCACAGUCAUUAAGGAUCUUCUGGGCCUAACGGAGAUGAAGCGCGGCAAGGACAACAAGGCCGUCGUUGCCUCCAACAUCAUGUACAUUGUCGGACAAUACCCUCGGUUCUUGAAGGCUCACUGGAAGUUCCUCAAGACUGUUGUCAACAAGCUCUUCGAGUUCAUGCAUGAGUCUCAUGAGGGUGUUCAGGACAUGGCUUGCGACACGUUCAUUAAGAUUGCGAGACAAUGCCGUCGUCACUUCGUUGCGCUUCAGCCUAGUGAGCAGGAGCCCUUCAUUGAGGAGAUCGUUCGCAACAUGCACAAGAUCACCUGCGACCUGUCUCCUCAGCAGGUUCACACUUUCUACGAGGCCUGCGGUUACAUGGUUGCCGCGCAGGGCAACAAACACCAGCAGGAGCGUCUUCUGAGUGAUCUGAUGGCAAUUCCCAACGCUGCCUGGGAUGAAAUCAUAAAGCAGGCCCGAAUUAACCCCAUCAUUCUCCAGGAUGCGGAGACGAUCAAGGUUAUCGGCAACAUCAUGAAGACAAACGUCUCAGCCUGCACAUCCAUUGGCCCCUACUUUUAUCCCCAAAUCGGUCGCAUCUUCCUCGACAUGCUGCAGAUGUACCGUGCCACUAGUGAACUGAUCUCUGAGGCUGUUCAGAAGCAAGGCGAAAUCGCGACCAAGAUGCCCAACGUCCGUGGUCUGCGUACGAUCAAGAAGGAGAUUCUCAAGCUGGUCGAGACCUACGUUGAGAAGGCCGAGGACUUGCAAUCUGUGCGCCAGCAGAUGGUGCCUCCUUUGCUGGAGUCCGUUCUUGUCGACUAUAACCGUAAUGUGCCGGGUGCUCGUGACGCUGAGGUUCUCAAGGCCAUGUCCGCCAUUAUCACCAAACUUUCCGCGUUGAUGGAGGACCAGGUCCCGAACAUCAUGGAGAAUGUCUUCGAGUGCACUUUGGAAAUGAUCAACAAGGAUUUCUCCGAGUUCCCCGAGCACCGUGUUGAGUUUUUCAAUCUCCUUCGGGCUAUCAAUCUUCACUGUUUCCCUGCAUUGCUGAAACUGGACAACCGCCAGUUCAAGUUUGUUAUUGACUCUUGCUCAUGGGCAUUCAAGCACGACAAUCGCGAUGUUGAGGCUGCGGGACUUAACAUGUGCCUCGAGCUCAUCAACAAUAUCGCUGAGAAGACUGACGUUCAGACCUCCAAUGCUUUCUUCCAGCAGUUCUUCAUCACUAUCCUACAGGAUGUGUUCUUCGUCCUCACCGAUAGCGAUCACAAGGCUGGCUUCAAGACUCAGUCUAUGGUUCUGAUGCGGAUGUUCUAUUUUGUGCAGCCCGCUGACGGCAGCGUACCAAAGAUCCAGGGUCCCAUUUACAGCCCCGACCAGGCAGCCUCUGGCACCUCGAACAAGGAGUUCCUUGCUAACUUCGUGGCUAACUUGCUUCGCGGUGCCUUCCCUAACCUGCAACCUGCUCAAAUCCAAACCUUCGUCGAGGGUCUGUUCACUCUCAACACUCAGUACGACAAGUUCCGCCUGAACUUGCGUGACUUCCUCAUCUCCUUGAAGGAAUUCGCUGGCGACAAUGCUGAGCUCUUCCUGGUGGAGAAGGAGCAGCAGGAACGAGAUGCCAAGGCAGCCGACCUCGAGCGACGAGGCAAGGUUGGCGGUCUCCUCAAGCCGUCUGAGCUGGAGGACGACGAGUUGUGA